UGAGUUUGGCUCUUUGAUUUGCUGACUGCUCUUGUUUUCUCUGGGCUCCACCUAGAGCGAGAAGAAGAGAAUCACAGAGAGAGGAGAGAAAUAGAUAUACACACUGCGUUGCGCCUCUUCAUUUCUCUCGCUGCGUUUUUGUUUCGUUUUUCAAUUAGGCUUUCCCCUCUUGUUUUGCAGCUUUUGUUUUCGGAACCUCUCUUCUGCUGAUUUUCAUCCGAAUUCCAUUUUGCAAUGAGCUUAAUUUGACUCGAGUGUCAUAUCACACAAAAGCUAUAGCCUAUAACCAUUACAUUGGUGAUGGCUAGAAAGGAAAAACAACAAAAGAAUGGUUUGGAUCAGCGUCCAAGAAACCGUAAAGCUGAAGUUUUGGAUCCUGCCACUUCACCUUUAGCCACUAAGGAUGGAGGGAGCACAAACAAAGAAGAGAUGAAGUUGGGCAAGGAACUUCCUAAUGGUACCCAUUCCGAGCAUUUCACAAAGAACACUAAUGAUGUGGAUCGUGCUCAAGAUGGGAAGAAUUCUAAGAAAAAAUCUAGGAAGUCUCAAUGUAAAGAUAAAAAAAGUUCAGAUGAGACUGUUACCGGACCUGCAGUAUCGUCUAAUGUUAAUAUUGAAGUGGAAAAGAAUGGUACUUUUACAGCUGAAGCUUCAAAUGUAGGAGAUGGAAGUGACAUGCCCCAUAAUGAUUUCAAUAAUGUUAAUGGUUUUGAUGAUUCGGUGAGUGGCCUUGGUAGAGAAGAAGGGCUGGGAAAUGUGGAGUACCCUGAAACGGCAGUUUUUAAAUUCAUAAGGACUGCAGCACUUUCAGUGGCACGGUCAUCUGCCAAUUGGGUAGAGAGGUACAAGCCUACCUUUGCCACUCUAAAGUCCGACAUAUUAAAUGGCCGUGAUCACGUCAGGACGAAGAUUCAGCAUGCAAAACCUAUUGUAUUCAGAUGGAUUAGGCAUAUAGGGAGUAUAAUGCUUCUUCUCUUUAUGGUUUGGUUGGACUGCACUGUGAGGGGCAUGGAUUCUUUUCUGCGCAUGGGAACAACGUCGUUUUUCUUGAUACUAUGGUGUAGUGUUCUUUCAGUGGUUGCCAUGGCUGGCAUUGGCAAGUUUCUACUUACCAUGGUAGUAACUGCUGCAGUCGGACUAUUUCUUGGCUUCACACUUGCAAUAGUAAUGUCUGGCCUCAUUGGAAUAAUCUUUCUAUGGUUUUACGGCAGCUUUUGGACUACAGGGCUCAUUAUAUUUCUUGGAGGACUGGCAUUCAUGACAGCUCAUGAUCGUCUUGCUCUCUUCAUCACUAGUGUGUAUUCCAUGUAUUGUGCCUGGAAUUACGUUGGGUGGUUAGGUUUAGUUUUGGGGUUGAACUUAUCAUUUAUAUCAAGUGACGCUCUGCUGUUUUUCCUGAGGAAUAUCAUUACUGAGCAAGGAACGCCACAUAGCAAUCCAGAACAAACAACUGGAUUUCAAGGCCAAACGCCUUUUCAUCCUAAUGAAUCUGUACCAACUGAGAACGGUUCUGGUGGUCACCGGGCUGAUUGUACCCCGGGAAUGCCUUCAACUAGUGGGUCUGAUUCUGAAAUGACGUCCGAAGAUGAAGUUGUCCGGUUGUUGAAUUGUGCAGAUCAUUAUGCUGCCUUGGGCUUGUCUCGAUUUGAAAAUAUUGAUGCAUCAGUUAUUAAGAGGGAGUACAGGAAGAAGGCAAUGCUUGUCCACCCUGAUAAAAAUAUGGGCGACGAGAAAGCUGCCGAAGCUUUCAAGAAACUUCAGAAUGCUUAUGAGGUUUUACUAGACUCUUUCAAGAGAAAAGACUAUGAUGAUGAGUUGAGAAGGGAAGAGCUAUUGAAUUAUUUCCGUAAAUUCCAGAAUACGUCUCCUCAGAACCAAGGUCAUGGCUCGUUUAAGUCCAGGUUUGGUCGCCCAGAAAAUGGAGAUGACCCACUCAGAGAGUCUCGACAAAUUGCUUGCAGAAAGUGUGGCCAUUUCCAUCAUUGGGUUUUUACCAACAAACCUAAAGUUAAAGCCAGAUGGUGUCAGGAAUGCAAAGAUUUUCAUCUGGCAAAAGAUGGGGAUGGGUGGGUCGAGCAAUCCUCACAACCCUUCUUCUUUGGCUUGCUGCAGCAGGUCGAAACCCCGUCUGCGUAUGUUUGUGCUGGUGGCAAGGUAUAUGAUGCAACAGAAUGGUACAUUUGUCAGGGAAUGAGGUGUCCCGUUAACACCCACAAACCGAGCUUCCAUGUGAACACCAGCGUGGUCUCCAAGAACGCCCAAGCAGCAAAAGGGACAGCCCCCGGGCAACGGGGCGGGAUGCCAGCGCCCAACAUGGAAGAGACGAUGUCAGAGGAGGAAUUCUUCGAGUGGUUGCAGAACGCAAUGCAGAGUGGGAUGUUUGAGAAUUUCGGUGGCACCACAUCGGAGAGCCCUUCCGGGUCAAAUUCCAAGAGUGGCAGCGGCGGCACCAAUAGCAGCAGCAAGAAAAAGAAAAAGGGGAAGAAGGCAUGGUGAGCAAACAAUGGGUGUUUAUCUUAUCUUUUUCUUGUUUUUUUUCCUUGUGUUAAGUAGUGUUAAUUAUAUACUGGAGAGAGAUGAGUGUAUACGGUGCAAUCGAUUGUACAGCAUAUUUCUCCAUGAAUGCCCAUCAAAAUUUCUUGAAAAAAGAAAUGGGCAUUGAAAUGAACUUUUAUAGCCAUAGGCAGUGGCUUAAAAUUUUGCUUGUGCCUUGA